CCAAAAUCAACCCUUCUUUUUUAUUUCCAUUUACGUAUAAAGUCUAAACACUUUCCUUUUAUAGUCAUUCGCCACCAUUUCAAAUCAAAAUCAACCUCAAUUUCCAGAUUGAUAUAAUCCUAAACACUCUUAUUUCCAUUUAUUGUCUCCCCUUUUUCUAUUACAAGUAAGCACCACAACAACUUGAUUUUUCUUAUUUCUUUUUCAUAAAUUCCAAUCAUUUUUUUCUUUCCUUUUUCAGGUAAACAUUUUUUAAUUUUUAAGUUAGACUUGAUUUGCAAUUAGUCAACAAAAUGGGAAGAGGAAAGAUUGUGAUUAGAAGGAUUGAUAAUACAACAAGCAGACAAGUAACUUUCUCGAAACGAAGAAAUGGACUUUUGAAGAAGGCAAAGGAAUUGGCAAUUCUUUGUGAUGCUCAAGUUGGAGUUAUAAUCUUCUCCAGUACUGGGAAACUCUAUGAUUUUGCUAAUAACAGCAUGACGUCCGUAAUUGACCGCUAUAAUAAGGCCAAAGCGGAAGAGAAUCAAAUGGUGAAUCCAAGAUGUGAAAUAAAGUUCUGGCAAAAGGAGGUGGAAAUGUUAAGGCAGCAACUGCAGAUCUUGCAAGAAAGCCAUCGGCAAAUCAUGGGGGAAGAGCUCUCUGGUCUGACAGUCAAAGAUCUGCAGAAUCUAGAGAGUCAACUCGAAAUGAGUUUACGAGGAGUCCGCAACAAAAAGGAUCAACUCUUAACUAAUGAAAUACAAGAACUAAAUCAAAAGAGGGAGCUCAUUCACCAAGAAAAUACAGACCUGUACAAGAAGGUAAAUCUUAUCCGUCAAGAAAACAAAGAACUAUACAAAAAGGUAUAUGAAAAUGGGGAUACAAGUGGUGCUAGUGGUGCCAUGUUCAUUGAUGGUGAAGAAAUGAAUGAGGACUCAACCGGACCUGUGCAACUACAGCUUAGUCAACCACAACAGAAAAACCAUGAAUCGGCAGGAGUUGUCAAAUUAGGGUAUAUAACCUACUAGAAAGCAUAUUUGAAUCUACCCCAUGAUUCUUAAUCCUCUCACAGAAAAAUAAUCCAAAACUUUUUCAUUAUUUUGAUGCAGCAGACUACAAUU